AGUUUUAUGCACGCGCGUCAACCCCAUAUUGCUGCUUGCACGUAAAGCUCGAAGAUCUCUACCUGAAUGCGAGCCCAGCGCACCUUGGCCUACCCGAUGACGCGACGCGUCCGGCCCGGCCGCGCCGGCGCCCCGCUGGCCGCGGCGUAGUAUCCGUGCGAUUACUCCUCGCAAAGAUACCCUACGAGUAGCUAGCUGCUGCUUGUUAUACUAAUUACUAGUCAAUGGUAUGGAGGCCAACAAUGGAGGCCCUGGAUCGAUUCGAUCAUCAGCAACGAUUGCACAUCAUGAUCAUCAUCAUCCAAUAAUUAAGAAGAGAAGAGUGUGUGAAUCCAAACUUAAGGUCGACGAAUUCGAAGAAGGUACCGAUUCAAGACUGAAAAGCACUCAGAAGGAAGAAAACAUGAGGAUUAUACCAGUUCUACCUGAUCAUGUUUCAGCGCCAGUUCCCUUGGUUUCUGUGUAUGCUGCAGCCAUUCUGGACAAGAAAAAGACAAGCUUCAUACUCAGGAAACUUUCAGAUGUAUAUCCUUUAGAGGGUCUGUCACACAUCAAACGAGUACGCAAGCAGACAAUUAAGAAUGGAAGUGAUAAUAAAGAUGAGUUACAGGUCAUCCUUUGUGAGAGCAAUAAGGUCACAUUGCCCAUCAUAGAUAAAUCAUCUUCAGUGAUUGUGGAUGGUGACAUCAACAAAGAACUUUUAGGAGACCCUUUCAUUGCAUACAUUCCUAGAGUUGCUCCUCAGACCAAAGCUCAAUUUGCAGAGGCAUCCAAAUACUGGCCUACCGCAUAUCAUGAAGACAAAGAACUCAGCAGACUUCUUUCCGGAGAAAACUUUUCAUCAUCAGACAGGGAAAGUGUUUACAAAAAUAUUCUAAAAGCUAUAAGAAAAGCUGACGAAGCUACAAUAAAUGGGAAGGAAGCUAUAGGUGCAUUGAUUGUAGAUCCAACAUCUGAUACCACGCUGGCAAUGACAUCGUCCAUACCGGGCAAGGGGGAAAACCCUCUCCAGCAUGCUGUAAUGAAGUGCAUUGACCUUGUGGCUCAUAGUCAAGGUGGAGGAGCCUGGCCUAUUUGUCAAGAGAGCCAUUUUGUUUCACUGGAUAGUAUGUGCAACUCUGAUGAAACACCAUAUCUGUGCACAGGAUUUGACCUGUAUGUUACACAAGAACCAUGUAUAAUGUGUGCUAUGGCCUUGGUGCAUUCUCGCAUACGUCGUGUCUUCUAUACAAACAGUCACCCUGAUGGGGCUUUGGGCAGCAUGUACAAGCUUCAUACAGAAACAUCUCUUAAUCAUAGAUACCAAGCUUUCAAGGUAGAUGUUUUGUGCAAUGAGCAACAGCUCGAUGUCAGGUAGCAUUGGGAUCAGGUACCCGAGUGGAAGAUGCAUUCAUCAGCUUCUUACCGAAACAUCUCUUGCUUAUAGAUACCAAGCUUUCAAGGUGGAUGGUUUGUGCAAUGAGCAACAGCUUGAUGUCAGGUAGCAUUGAGAUCAGGUACCUUAACGAAAGAAAGAUGCAUUCAUCAGAUUCAUACCGAAACAUCUCUUAAUCAUAGAUACCAAGCUUUCAGUGUGGAUGUUUUGUGCAAUGAGCAACUGCCAACAGCGUGAUGUCAGGUAGCAUUUGGAUCAGUAAACUGAACAAAAGAUGCAUUCAUCGGUUUCAUACCGAAACAUCUCUUAAUCAUAGAUACCAAGCUUUCAGUGUGGAUGUUUUGUGCAAUGAGCAGCAGCUUUAUGAUAGGUGCCCUGGUGACAAUUGCUCCGCUCUCAAUUCCACACACACUGAUCAAACGACCAACUUCAACCCUGGGUUUAACAAUAUACCCUACCCUUAACCUUACAUAACACCCCAUUGCAUCCCUAACCGUAACCCUAUAUCUUAGACGAAAUUAAGCCUGGAGUGUUGUGUCACCGGAUCAGGCACCUUAAUGAAAGAUGCAUAUAAUAUAUCUGCUUUGCUACAUGCAAAAGUUCUCAGUGGUUUUCUUGAUCUGCCAUUGUUUUGUCUAUGCUGUUGGACAGUUUUGAUAGAUGUUCGCAAUUUGUGGAUGACUUUGCAUAUUACUAAUGGUUCGUUCUUACAUGUAAGUGCUAUCAGAUUCUCAAUCAUUUUUUUUUUCACAUCAGAAAAAAAUUAAAUGUAAAACCGAAUCUGUGUACUACUACACGUAUUUGUACGUUUGUAAACUGCAUGUAAGCCAGACUUCUAAGCCAAGGAGGCGGCUGAAAUAGAUUUAAACAAAAUACUUGCCAAAAAGACAAUAAGUAACAAUGAUGGUUAAUUAUUUUAAUUAGCAGAAUACUGAGUAAAGUACUGAAACUUCUUUCUUACAUAUGGAAUUGAAUACCAGCCCAGGUCACUUGUCUUAUGUGAAGUUGACUUCAAAAGGGCUUAGUGAACAACAUUUCAGAUAUUAGAUGAUUCCAUGAGAUCGAGUGGGAUCCCCAUUUUAAGCCUCAAGGGAAUGAGGAUCAGACUUUAAUCUCAAAGUUUUUAAGUAUCUGAGGGAAUUCAAGGUAUAGUCUACCUCACUCACACCUAUUGAGAGGUUAUUAUUAGUAUACUAACCUCGCACCAUGAACCGCGUUUGGCAGUGGAUUUCUAACUAGUGGGUCGCGCGUGCUGCGAUCCCACUUCUGGUGUCCACAACACACGUCUUCUAUGGUUUGAUUUUUAUGUGCGCGGCGGCAUGCAAUGAACCCUUGAGUGAGUCUACCUUACAGUACACUCUACAUAUUAUAAUUCUGAUUCCAGGUUGGUUUAUCAUCAUAAACUAAGAUUCAAAACUUCAGAAAUAGUAUUACUAAUCAUAUCGAUGAUGUAUUGAAAAGUCCAAGGUAUGAAAUGGAACGGGUUAUAUAUUGUACGAUCUUCCCUAUAACAUUGGCAAUUUGAUAUAUUGACUUUUUUUUUAAAUGCACUUUUGAGAUAUCAAAUACACCAGGGCCCAAUUGCAUAAAAGUUUAUUAUAUAGUAACUCUGUCAUCCAAUGAUAACUUAUAUGUAAUCCUUGAAUUUGAUUGGCUUUUGAGCAUAUAUAGUUUCAUGAUUUUCAAUGUAUCCUUGAACUUGAAUGAAUUUUACACUUUUUUAAUUUUUCUAAAUAUAUACAUGUAUAUAUAUGUUUAUGUACUUAUAUUUGUAAUAAAUUCAAAAUUAUACAUAUUCAUAACUUUUUUUAUUCACUCUGUAAAGAAUAAAUAAACAAUAAAACCUAAUCUGAUUUAUUGAUUUGACAUUAUAAAAUAUUUGAACCGUAAGUUCCAACUGUUACCUUAUAUUGUAAAACAGAAGUCCUAAAAAAAUUGAACCUGAAAGGCAUUUAGUAAAAACGUACAAAUAACCUGGGCCCUGUUGCAUAAAAGUUAUUAUUAUGGUAAGUUUGCCAUGCAAUGGUAACCUACAUGGAAUCGUUGAUUUUGGUUGGCUGAUGAGCAUUGUUACCAUGGUAGUUACCAUUGGAUGGCAAAGUUACCAUAAUAAUGCGGUUGAUCCGAUCAAUCGUAACUCUAUGGAAAUCCAUCAGUAUCAUAAUUUUUUUCUACAAAAAACUUGCACAAUGUCCUCUGUAUGCAAAGAGAAGCGCAGUGAAUUUUCAAGAAAACAAUGAAUACAUGAAUAUAAAUCAUAGCUAAAAAAUAUUUUGAACAAACAUGCAUAAUAGUUGUUGACGUUGCUGGCCAUCCAUACGAUUGAUCGGAUCAAUCGUAACUUUGUAAGACGAGGCCCAGGUCUUCCCAAAUUAUUUGUUUCUUCCUGGAUGUUUUUAACCAUAUAAACAAUACUAAAUACAAUGCAUAUCAACAAUUGUCAACACUCCAAUCCAAGUAAAUGAACAUUAAGUAAUUGAUUAUAUACACUUCAAUCCAAAUUUUAAUGAGAAUAUUAAAGAAAUAUGAGUUGACAUUACAUAUAAAAUAUAACAAUUUAUUUAUCACAGAAUAUGUACAUCCAUUGCGAAGAACACAAAGCAAUUUUUCAUGAUUUCUGAUACAACAUCUAUAUUAUAUGUACAAUCAAGAUUUGAAGGCGCCCUUGCUUGUCAAAUUUAGUGAAAGAAUCAAUAACAUCUACUAGCAAGUAAUUUCUGUUUGGUGUAGGUAAUGAGACAAAAUAUAAUUUCCAAGGUAAUCCAGAUGAAGCUAUCUUUCUUCAGCUGAACUGAAGCAAAAUAACCAAUACCUUCAAAUCACUGAGGAAUGAUAAUAUUACUCUGCACCUAAACGCAAAGGAGAUUAUUUGCUUUAUAUUCUAAAUCUGAAUACAAGUAAAAUACAGAAAAAAUGGGACAUACUUUCAAGGAAAAAGACAAACUUUUAAAACAAAUGAGAAAUUUACUUAAUUCUGGGUUUGUCUUUUUCUUUCAAUUUAACCAAGUGCAAUUCUAGUGCUGUUAUGAAUUGAUUUGCUAAUGGUGAACUACAAUGCAUUUGUUUCAAUGAAAACAGACAGUGCAACAUAACUUUUACAUCACUAUGGGCCUACCCUAAAAUGUUUAAUAUUGAUAGCACAUAUUGAUUGUGAAUUUAUUUGAAAUCUAUCAACUUCAGAGCUCUGAUAGAUGUUUCAUAAAGCUGUUUGUAAAUUAUGCAAGGCAGGAACAUGUUCUUGAUUGCGAAAUUAGAUUCCCAAUCUUCUUGAAACCAAUUUUUUGUGGAUUAAAUUUUUGUCAUCAACAAGCAUCUGAAUACAAAGCUAAUAAUUUGUCGGAAUUUGUGUAGGGCUAACAGAAAUUCAACUCAAGGGUAAAUCUUGUGAGCACUAAAACGGGUCACCUUACAUCUAUAAAGACAUGCAUACCUUACAAACAGCUUUAUGAAAAUGACACGAGCAGGGAAAAAACUGCAACGAUUCCGUUUAACAUUUAUGGUUUGAAAAAGCUACAAGUAAUCACGUAAUUGCCUUUAAUCGAUCAUAGAGAAUAUGCCCAUAAUAUGAAGUAUUUACAAUUAUAUUUCUUACAUACAUGCAGCACAAAUCCAGACAGAAACUAAUCAAGGUGAUAGAGCAUAAAAUAGGAAAGGUUUGGUAAGAAGUAAAGGAUUCCAUAUUAUUACAACAGAUUGAUUUUAAGAGUAAAUAUCUCUAUACAUACUCCACAUACAAAAAGUAUAUAUUGAUGAGGUAAUGCAGUUAGCUCUAACAAAACUUAUUCUGGGUUACAUGAUAAACGAACCAUGAUUAUUUGUUUAUCAUAACUCUAAAGAAGGCUGUUCUGUCUAAAAUUAUUUGGAUUUCAUUUGAAUUAUUAAAGUUUGUUGGAGCUGAAUGCAUUACCUUGAAAAUAAGUUCUUUGUCUCUUCCAUAUUCAACAUGCAGAAUUUCUUAAUCGUUACUGUAUUUGUAUAUAUACAUCAUGUCAUUGCAACCACUUCCAAAUAAAAAGGAUGUUUUGUUUAACCAUACAUCCAGGGUUAUUGAUUAUUACACAUUCCUAAGAUACAUCAAACUUAGCUCUCAACAUGUGGUGGUAUUAUGCUAGCUUUUUAGAUGCUUACAGAUGGAAAGUUAUAUAAAAUUGUGUAAUUUAUUAAUAAUAAUGGAUAUUUAGAGGUGCUAAAAACAAAAAGUACCAUAGCGCGUACAAUUAAUAAUAAUAAUGGAUUACUCUGUAGAUGAUAUUUGCUAAACAAUCAUGAUGACUUAUUUAUGUUGCCCAUGGUUAAUUGAGAGAAUGCAAAUUAAAAUUUGGGAUAUUUUGCAUUUCCUUUCUUAUGAUAGGUUUUAAUUGGAUUCACACACUUCUGAAAAAGUUGAUUUGAAUAGUAAUGUAUUCUUCACAUAUUAACUGAAAAAAUGAAUUUUUUUACUAAAAAGAACAAAAUGGAAAUAAUUACACCCCCCCUCCAUUCAAUCUUGAAUGCAAUAUCAAACAUGAAAGGGGUUAUUAAAGGUAGUUGAAAUGCAUUAUUACUGGAUAACCAUGUUACUUAUUGAAUGUUGGAAAUUUUCAUUCAAUAAAAUAUCACACCAUGAAUUACAUUUCUUUUUCGAUUAUAAUGUAUUUCUCUUGAUAUAUUUCCUCCAAAAUGUAUUUUGUAUAAUAAAGACACUCAACCAAAUGAAUAUUUUGUAUUGAUUCUGCAUGUUAGUUUCUAAAGUUUAAUUAUACGACAAAGUUACUAAUGUCAUAUGUUACAAGGGUGCUUUUCUCAUUCAUUUAUGUUUCUUUACAUUUCCUUUCAAAAUAUACAUACUACAAUUAGACAUGAACAUAGAAUUAUGUUAAUGAUUUUUUUUUAAUUUGAAAAAUAUCAGGACGGAGGUGAUAACCAUUCUUAUUUUAGGAGUAAAUCAUUAGCACUCAAAAUCUGUAUUAUACAUUUAUACAAUAGAAGAAAUGAUAAAUGAUGAAAAAUAUAUAUUUCUUUUCUGAGAAAUAAUAAUUCAAUGCAAUUAUUUAAACUUAUUUUUAGUAUCCAUACUCAAUAAUUGUUUUGAAAUACAAAUAACUGGUGCUCUCCUCAUAUUCUCCUUUAAAUGUAUUUUAAUUCUUGUACACAUUCAUAAUCCUGACUGUUAUUUGUAUAAUCUGAACUUACAAACGUAUAUGAUUUAGAAUCUAAGGCACCCAUUAAUUAUGGUAAACAAGACUUAUUGUUUCAUUAAAUUUCCUUUUAGAAUAACUGUCUUCUGAAGCAUAUAUGAGUAACUUACAUUAUAUCAUAUAUGACUUUUGACUGAUCUUUCUUGAUUUAAAGAACAAAAAAGAAGAAAAAAAAUAUAAUUUCUGUUACUUGUUUUCUAUGUGGCUGAUUAAAAUAUUCUUUUUUGGCUUUUGUCACUAAAAUAUGAAUAUUAUGCUUACAAGCGUGUAAAUUAAUUCUGCUGUUAGUAAUUUUCUCAAACACAAAAUUAUGAUAGCUUCAAAAGUACAGUUAUGUCUACCUCUAAAAUUAUCUAAUUUGAAUACAUUCUUACACCACAUACUAAAAUAUAUUUUAACCAUAAUUAAGUCAAAAUUUCUAAUUUCUGCAUUUCCUAUUAGAUUUAUUUUGGGGCAGAGUUGCCUAUAUCAUACUUUUUUGCCAGGUAGUAUCACAUGCUGAUCUGGUAUAGAGAAAUCAGACCAAUGUGCACUAAACAAUGCUGGCACUGAAGUGGUAUUGUAUCCAGUCUGACUGGAUCUACCACAAUGACUGGAGAGUAUAGAUAGGAAAUAUAGCUUGUAUUUUAUUUUCAGUUCAUUCAGUUAGGUUCUAAAAGUAGCAUACAUGAUGAUCAAAGAAAUAAGAGAUGCCAACCAAGUGUUAGUGACAGAACUUGAAAUGGUGUUGCCAGAGCUUGGGUCAUUGUUGCACAAAGAUGCCUCGCAGCAGAAAACACAUAGGAUGUUUCCAUCCCCUGUCGACAGGCAAGAAGGUCCAUCACUGUUCUCGGUACUGCAUAUCGAAUCAGUACAUCCACGCCAAAUGUUGGUAUGUGUUGAGUUCUCGUAAUGCUCGGUCUGCAAGGAACAUAGAAGUUUCAUAGUUGUUUGACUUGAACUUUUGUAAGAGGUUUGCAAGUUUUCAUAAACGUCUUGUUGUCAUUUAUGUUCUCGGCCCAGUAAGAGGUGGCUUUGUUAUGCUACCUGAAAUUUAUUGUGUUUAAAGGGGUACUUCGAGCUGAAAAAAUAUGAUUUUAACCAAUUUAAAGUAAAUCAGGCAAAAUGUGAAACGAAACGAUUAUGAUUUCACGUAAUAUAAGAAAAAAUGAAAGUGGCGACAUGAAAUCAUCAGCCCACCUAUUGCAUAUUCAUGCCAGUGUGCAAUUGUUUUUACCUGAUAUUGCUAAACUUUGAAAUUCAGUAACUUUGUUUUCUAAAUUUCAUGAGAUUUUCAGCAUUUAUAUAAUUAUCUUCAGCCCAGAGUACCACUUCUACCAUAACAAUAUCUUGGUUUAACAUAGCAUUUUCAUGAAAUUUGUGUCAUUUGAAAACUGAAUAUGUUACUCUAUCAUGUCUGUUAAUUUAAUUGGCACACAAAUUUGUGACAAUGUGAUUAAUAGAAUGAAACAGUGUGAGGGGAUCGAGGUGGAAUUAUAGGAGAAAUCUAUGCAAUUUAUGAAAUGACAUGAAUAUUUUUGGUAUACAUGGGGCAAGAGAUUUAAUUUUGGUCUCAUUUAUAGCUUGACAGGAUUGGUAUGAUACUGAAUAUAGAUGAUAAAAAGAAAGACCUUGAAUGGCUUUGUAUAAAAAUAACAUUUUAGAGAAGAACACAUUAUGAUGUGAUAUGGCUGGAUGGAGAGGUAUUGUCAUGAAACUAAUUGUCAUUUGAAAGGUGAAUACAAGUAUGGGCUCAUACAUGUGCAGUAAAUUUUUGACACUACAUUUGAAAUGAUGAAAAAUAGAAUGGGGUGGUUAAAGGGUAGUGGAAGCCUAAUUUCUGACAUAAUACAAUUCUGUAUUUCUUUGUUUUUAUCCUGAAUAACUUUUGUGUAUAAGAGGGUAGGGCUGGGACUGGAUUUUUGGACUUGUUUUACUGCUAAUUAAGACGGGUAUGUCAAAACACUUCUAAAUACACAUAUAUUCAUCAAUUGACUAUUUGUUAAAAAUUAACAAAAGCAAGGGAAACUUUUUUUUUGAUAAAUGCAAGUAACAUUUAGAGGUCCUCAAAAGACAUGCAUUUUCACUCAUAAGAUGUAAGCAUAACAAUAAAAUGUGAAGUAUUUAAUACCCAACAUCGCUGGUUCUCAUAGCAUGUCAUGGGUGUUACUUCAGAAUCAGUUCCAAUUGCUGCAGAACAAUCAUCUGUUACACUACUAGCAGAACAAGUGUAGCAUUGCAGAUCCUGCCAGGAAAAAAAUAAUAAUGAUGUUAUUACAAUGUGUGAUUAAAAACAGAUUUAUUACUUUAGGAUAUGGUCAGCAUGUCUGCCAAUGAGGCAUAAAUUUUUAUAUCCCUGUCGUGUUCUGGGCUAAAAUAGAAUUAAAACUUAAGUACAAUUUGUUGUUAUAAAUUGUACUUAUUUAGUUAUAUAUUUAGUUAGAACUAAAACCUCUAUGAGGGAAGCAAAGAUGGGCUUUAAUGACAAGAGAAUGAAAAACAUGGUUAUAGACACUGGUAUUAGUAAGUUCCUCUUAACUGAGAUAUAAUAACUGUUAUUCAAAAUAUGUUAGCAAUUUAAUCUGACAGACUUUUUAGUGACAUGUCAAGGAAUGCAUUUUAGUGAGCACACACAAAGGCUAUUUUUGUCACUUUUCAAUCCAGAUGAAUCCAGUGUAUGUGACAAUGACAUACAAAAUCAGUUAUGGUCACAAUUUGUUGAAUAUAGAAUCUUGUAUACAUGCACUACUGUUGAGAGAACAUUCUUAGUAAUGAAUUUGAAAAUCCCAAGUUAACUGGGUAAAUUUAAUGACGGCAUAGUGACAUUAACAUGACUCUUGUGACUUUUGAAAAGUGACAGUGCUACUUUUCAUAUUCAUGCCCAAUCAUAUUUAAGUUGGUUGGUCACUCUUUUAGUCACCAAAUCUGUAUGUAUUUUGUAAAAAAUCACUUUGUCUAAAAUUCAUGUUGCAUAAUUGCAUAUUUUGCUGUACUCUACCAUGAAAUAUGCCAAUUUUUGGAAAAUCUGCUUACCCCAAGUUAGCAGUUUCCAUGGGAAUUUUUCUAUUAAUAACAUUGAUGAUUUUUUAAAGAAUUUUUUUUGUAUACUACUUUGAAAUAUUUAUAGCUCAGCUCUACCCAUUUUUUCCGAUGAAAAAAAGAACGGUAUUAUAAUUCUUCCCUGAUCAAGCGUUAACUUGAUUAAUUUCACUUACCCCUUGAGUCCUCACUGUAAUAAUGAAAGUAUGGAAAUACAAAAAAAUAUAUAAUUAAUUAAACUAAACAUUCAGCAAUACUGCGGGGGCUUUUAAUUUUGCUAUUUCCUUUAUUAAAGUCUAUUGGUUGAUUGAGUUGUCUUUUAUGAAUAAUCAAAACCAAGUUGAUUAGUUAAAAAGCACAUUAGUUUCGAAGCAAUUUAACACAAUAGAAACAAAAGCAAAUGAUGAAAUGAUGAAAAACAAAGAAUAUUGCAUAUAUUUAGAUACUCAUGGGACCGAAAGUCAUUUCAUUAACUAUUAAGCCAUUGACUGAACAGAAUGUGAUACUUCAAAGUCAGGUUUAUAGGGUAAGAAAUCAGUGCAUUUGUCGAAUAAACAGAACUAUGAAAUCAGCUGUAAAAUGACCAAAAAAAAACAUGAAGUUAAUUGAUGGAUAUUUUAAAAUGAAUUUUAGACUUAUGCCACUGUGUUAAGAGACCCCCCUCCCUCAUUUUAAUACUAUAACUUUUAAAACUCUUUUUAACUUUGCUAAUGAUUGUGGAGAUAACUCCAUCACAGAAAAAAAAAAAAAAAAAUUGUCACAGAUAGAGACGUCAAAGUAUCUGUCAUGGACUGGAAAUGUCUUCCCCACCUUCCUUGAUUUAUGACUUAAAUAUUUUGUUAGAAGUCAGCAUCCUUGGUGUAUUAUGUAUUUCAGCACUAUCAUCAAAAUAGGUUAGUAUUAUGAAAGCCUACAUGUACAUUAUGUAUUCAAGUAAAAGAAAUAUGAAAACAAAGGAUCUCACCAGUUGCAUUGCACAAAUCUCCAGCGUAUCCGGAGCCACAUGUACAUGCACCAUCCGCACAGGUACCUCCAUUCUGACAGGGGGUCUCUGAACUGCAGAUGACUUUGAGAUUAAAAGAAAGUUUAUACAUUUAUGUACAUAAUAUAAUAUAUAUACAUAUAUAACAACGUUAAUGUAAAAUGGAUGGGCAUAUUCUUUGAUGGAUCUUUUGAGAAAAGUGGGAAAUUAUGAUGGUAUUUUGAAACGGUAAAUUGUGCCUUUGCACCCCCUCUCCCCCACCAGCAUACCUAUAAGUUGUACAUUUUACAGUUGACAUUUUAUAGGUUGAUUUUGUUUUACAUAAUACUAAUCACUAUGAGGAUUUCAUACCCUGAAUGGGGAGGGGCUUUUGUUGAUGUUGAUUGGUUUUUAACGGUGCUCUCAUUCAAAAAGGAAUAUAUGCACCAAUCAAAAUUAUUCAUAUCAUUCACUAUUAUGUUUUUAUUAUUUUCAGUAGAUAAGGCCUUAUAUUUUAGGAGAUUUGAGAUAUAUAAGGCUGUUAAUUGGUUAGAAGAAAUUUCGCAAGCGCAAGCAAACUUUGCUAAACUCAAUACGCACUGUAACAGAUAGCGCCUCUUCGCUUUGAGCUAUAUUAUUGAGCCACUGAAACAGUUCGACAACCUAGGCAACUCAGAAGGUGGGUUAGGUGGAGGAGGUGUAGGGGUUACAUACAGUAAUUCAAUUAACGUAGGCCUAUACAAAAUCUAUUGAAUAUAUACUAUAAUUUUCAAGUUUGGAUGUUUAGCCUACAUUUUAAGCAAAAACUAAAAUCAUAGGAGAUCUUACUGGUAUUGGCGCACAAAACUCCAGUGUACCCCGGGGCACAUACACAUUCUCCGAACACGCAGAUACCUUCGUUCUGACAAGGGGUCUGUGAGUUGUUGCAUUGAGCCUCAACUGGAUUGAAAAAGGAAACAGUACCAUUUGUCAGAAAAGAUAUGAAACGUGAUGUCAAUGUACAAUAGGUAACCACAUGACAUGUAUUUGACAUGUAUUGUCAUUAUAAAAUGAGCAAUAAUUAUCAGAUAACGAAAAAUGCCAGACAAGUAGGUAGGUGAGGACUACUCUUCCAUUUACUCUAGUACAUAAAUUGGAUAAAAUUUCAUUCUGUCUAAAUAAUACAUUUUUGUAGUUGUGAAAUUUACAUCUUUGUUUCUUAAAGGUAUUCUUUUUUAGUAUUCCUUUUUGAUAACUUGAAAUCUUUGAAAUAGCCAUUAUCAUAUUAUAAUUCCCAUACAAAAUACAGUAUGUUUUAUCAGUGUAAUAUGACUUCAAUUUACCAAGUAAAAGUAAAGUAUUAAAUCAAUUUUUGGACAUCCUAAAUGUUUUUUUUUUAUAAAGAAAGAUUUAAUAUUUGUUGUGUAAUAGAUUGUGGGAUUGUAGAGGUGUUGUGGCACAGAAGAUUUGUUCCUGUAUCCCUAUACAGCACUCACAUCUUGCAUCCUUUGGCAAGGACAGUGCCACUUUCCACCAAAGUGUAGUAAACGGGUACCUGGUGGGAAGGUAUUCUUUGAAUGAUUGAGCACUUGAUCAGUGAGGGUAAUGGUAUGCAGGGCUUAGAAACUAUAUCAAGUGUUAUUUAAAUGUUUUAUAUUAUGUAAUAGAAGACAUUGAAUUGUGUUUUGACCCACAUAAAUAAGAGCUGUUUACAUUCACUAAUGUAAAACAACUAAGCACUUAUUCAUAAACAAGAUCUUACCUAUGGGACACGAUUCACAGCCAUCACAUACAUUCCCACCACAGGUAACUGAGAGUAAGAAAAAAGAAUUAUUGUAAAACAAAGGCUUCAAUGAUAUCAGUUACAAAAUAGUAGUAGAAAGUUUGGCCCAAGUGUAUUGUCGGCACUUUGGUCACCCGAUGUUCAUUCUGGUGGAAAGACCUAUUUUGCUGUAAUUGCUUCAAAGAAAGGUUAACAAGUUUUCAAUGUUGCAGUAAAGAAAAGAUAAAGCUUAUCAACAUGAUUUUCUUCCAAUGUUAUUAUACUUCUUUUUUCAAUUCUUAGAAAGGGAACUCCAAACCCCAUCACCAUUGGAGACUCUAUUCAAGGUGGGCUUCAUAUUUUAUGUUUACCUUUCUGUUAUUCUGGUGUGAAUUAUGCAUGGACAAUCGUUUUAUGAGUACAGUUCGGAAUAAAUGAAAAGGUAUCAAACUGAAAAGCAGAUAUCAAAUGCUUUGGACAUAAUUUUCUUUUUGAAACUCAGAUGCCAACCGCCAAGUUACUUUUUGGUGUCCUUCAAAUUGUUUUUGCUUAGUCAUACCUGAAUGAAGAAUCCUCUUGAGUUAUACCAACAGAAUGAGAAAAUGUUAAGCUUUAAAAUGAUUUGCAAUGUCCUUGGGUUUUGAAGUAUGUAACAUGUGCAAGUUCAUUCACAAAAUUUCAGUUAUAUGUGUGUGUGUGUGUAUACUAUAUAUAUAUAUAUAUAUAUAAGGGACAAAGAAGUAAUGCAUUGCAGUUCCAACAAAGUUUACUUCCAAGUAUUCUCCAAAUUUUUGACACAAUCCUAACGUCUUUGUCAGGGAUACAAUGCGCACAGUCAUAUAAAGGCUUUUGCUAUGCAAAUAAUUUUAUUUUUUAUUUUUUUGCAAUGGCAGGAGACUGAAUGUGAUUCUCUUUAAAACGUUACCUUUCAAUUAAACUAUUACUUUCAAUUUAAACUUUUCCAUUGAUUAUUUGGGUUAAGAAAUAUCUCUAUGAUCUUUGUUAUAGUAUCUGGGCUUGUUUGAAUGUAAUCUGUUCAUAUUUUGGAUUUUCUUUGUUAAAGUAUUUUGCAACUCGGGACUGUCCUUUAACUAAGCAAUUUAUUUAGAUCUCUCAAAGUUCACCCUUGAACUAUGAUAUGCAUUUGAAUAAAAUAUUUGGGGGGGGGGGAUUUGUUUGGCCUGGCACUCAAUAUUUUAUUGUUCAUUUUAAGUAAAUUGAUGUAAAGAAGAUCAGUUUGAUAUGAUUUUGGGGUACAUAUUGUGAAAUCAUGCGGCUUCUUCAUCAAAUAUAUUGGAUUCAUUUCAUCAUGAAGAUUACAGUUUAGAUUUGCGUUAUUGAAUUGAUGUGAAAUAUCUUGAUUGCUUGUUUCAUGUGUCAUUUAAGGACGUUCCACAGUUAAAGUGAAAUCCAUGUCAUUUUCACCAAACUUUGCACAUAGAUACUUUAGAACCUUAAUAUUCGAAAUAUGCAAAAAUUAACAUAGGUCCAUGUGCUUGAUUUUUUGCUAUAGAGCUUCAAAGUUCACCCAAAUUGAUGUUCUUAAGAAUUGCGCAUUCAAAAGAAUUUGGCAUUUUUAGACCGCCCAAGAUUACUACAAUGAGUUUAAACCUCCAUUACUCAUUCAAAAUACAUGAAAAAGUCAUCAAAUUUCGCAAGAGAGUUAAUAAUUGUAUCGUUAGAAUGGAGAAUCUAUUAAUAGUGCUAUUUGUUUGCAAUUUUAAGUUUAACAGCACUGUCAGUUCUUAAAAAUGGCGUAAAAGAUAACAAAAUCCCAAUCUGAAAAAUGUAAAAUUUCAGUAACAAACUACAAACGUACAAUAAAUGCUGCACUUUAUUCAAAAUCCAUGUCAUUUUCACCAAAAUUUGCAGAGUUGUAGAGGAAGGUAUACCUAAGAGGUACAAACAUUAAAAAAUAGGGGUUCAUGUGCUUGUUUUUAAACUAUCAGCAUUUUUAUUAGAGCAAAUGUGCUUUUUAAAACACAAAAAAUGGGCCGAAUGCUUAGUAUCUAUGUGAAGAAAAAAUUCAAAACCACUCUACCAUUUAUUCAAACUCGGGCUAAUAUUCGUGAUUCUUGGCAGCACUGCAGAGUAAAGUAUUUUGAAAUUGUAGAGAAUAUUUUUUUGAAUGGUCCAUGGAAUAAUUCAAUUUUU